AUGGGACAGAGGCAUCCCCAGUGCUACUUGGCAAGGAUGAACAAACAGAUCCAGCCCGACCGCAAAGUGUCGGUGGUGGCCCCCUUGCCGGAGCGCGCGGGGCCGCCGCCCCCGAGGAAGGACGUGGAGCUGAUCCUGGUGAAGGAGCACAACGGGGUGCAAUACACCAGCAGCAGCCUCCUGCCCGCCGCCCCCGCGCCGCGCUACGGCACCCAGGACCGGGAGACCUGGGGCAAGAAGAUCGACUUCCUCCUCUCCGUCAUCGGCUUCGCCGUGGACCUGGCCAACGUCUGGCGAUUUCCCUACCUCUGCUACAAAAAUGGAGGGGGUGCUUUUCUUAUUCCUUAUAUCCUCUUCCUAAUCAUUGCUGGAAUGCCUCUAUUCUAUAUGGAAUUAGCACUGGGACAGUAUAACCGAGAAGGAGCUGCCACUGUGUGGAAAAUCUGCCCAGUUUUCAAAGGUGUAGGCUAUGCAGUGAUACUCAUAGCUCUUUACGUGGGUUUCUACUACAACGUUAUCAUAGCUUGGUCUCUGUAUUAUCUAUUUUCAUCAUUCACAUUUGAGCUCCCCUGGACAAACUGUGACAACAGUUGGAACAGCCCAAACUGUACAGAUCCCAGACUCUUCAACGCAUCAGUGCUUGGCAAUGGUACCAAAUAUUCCAAGUACAAGCUCACUCCUGCAGCUGAAUUUUAUGAGCGAGGAGUUCUGCACCUGCACGAAAGCCGUGGAAUCCAUGACCUUGGCUUGCCUCGCUGGCAACUUUCCCUCUGCCUCUUGGUGGUGGUAAUCAUUCUUUUCUUUAGUCUGUGGAAAGGCGUGAAGACUUCAGGAAAGGUUGUUUGGAUAACAGCCACUUUGCCUUAUGUUGUACUAUUUGUGUUGUUAAUACAUGGAAUAACCCUGCCUGGUGCAUACAAUGGAAUAAAUGCAUACCUGCACAUAGAUUUCAGAAGACUGAAAGAAGCCACGGUAUGGAUUGAUGCAGCUACUCAGAUAUUUUACUCCUUAGGAGCCGGGUUUGGCGUUUUAAUUGCAUUUGCCAGUUACAAUAAGUUUGACAACAACUGUUACAGGGAUGCUUUGCUGACUAGUACCAUUAACUGUGUCACAAGCUUCAUCUCAGGAUUCGCAAUUUUCUCCAUAUUGGGCUACAUGGCUCACGAGCACAAAGUUAAAAUUGAAGAUGUAGCCACCGAAGGAGCUGGUUUAGUUUUCAUCCUGUAUCCAGAGGCAAUUUCAACUCUUUCAGGAUCUACAUUUUGGGCUGUAGUAUUCUUUAUUAUGCUCCUCACUCUUGGCAUUGACAGUUCUAUGGGUGGAAUGGAGGCUGUCAUCACUGGCUUGGCAGAUGACUUCCAAAUUCUGAAGCAGCAUAGAAAGCUCUUCACAUUUGGUGUCUCUUUUGGCACUUUCCUCCUCGCACUGUUUUGCAUCACCAAUGGUGGAAUUUAUGUGCUCACACUCCUGGACACAUUUGCAGCUGGGACUUCGAUAUUGUUUGCUGUUCUAAUGGAGGCAAUUGGAGUUUCCUGGUUUUAUGGUGUAGACAGAUUCAGUGAAGAUAUCCAACAAAUGAUGGGCUUCAAACCAGGCCUUUACUGGAGACUGUGCUGGAAAUUUGUUAGCCCUGCUUUUUUAUUGUUUGUCGUGAUAGUCAGCAUAAUAAAUUUCAAACCUCUGACCUACGAUGACUACACCUUCCCUCUCUGGGCAAAUCGCAUUGGCUGGGGAAUAGCACUGUCUUCAAUGAUACUUGUGCCUGCUUAUAUUAUCUAUAAAUUUAUGAACGUGCGUGGGACCUUUAAAGAAAGACUAGCAUACUGCAUCACACCUGAAAAUGAGCACCAACUCGUGGCCCAAGGAAAUGUCAGACAGUUUAAGCUUCAACACUGGCUAACAAUAUGA